AUGGCUGUGAAAGAAGAACCCAAGACGAUCGCCCAACAACUAGAGGAAGCCCGGGAGCUGCUGAAGAACCUCGAGAAGCUUCACGACAUGGAGCAGGUGACACCGCCUCCUCACGAACAGUCGUCUGGAGUGGUGAGAGAUGUUGGAGAAGAUGCCCAGCCCAGCUUUCCAUCCGACGAGCUACCGACACCCUUCAAGUCGACUCAGAAAGAAACCCCACUCAAGGCUGCUACGGCUCCCGCCAAGCCCAAACAGACGCCACGGAAGUCCCUGCUAGAGACCUUUGAGUCUGUGUCUGAUGUGCCUCCUGAGACAAUGGUCUUGACCAUUCCAGCAGCUCAACCUGACUUGUCAUCCGAGAGUGGGGACGAGAUACUUCGAUAUGCUAUGCAGAAGAAUCUGGUGGAGGUUUCGUCGGGCGAGGAGGAAAAGGAUGACUAUGUCGGCACGCCCCUGAAGGACACCAAAGCCGAGCCCGACUUAUCCGCUGAUGAUACCCAAGAUGAUGCUUCUUCUGAUGAGAACGAGGAUGUGAAACCCAAGGCUGGCGGCAAGACCCUCGCCAAGCUCACCAAGUCCGAGGAAGCAAAGCUGGAGGCGGUCCUCCGGCGACUUUGUAAAGCUGAUCGCAGAGGCAACUACCAGGUGCCGGAGCAGGUUCACAAGCUCUGGAAGAAGGGAGGUUCCUCAAGGAAAGACAAGUACCAGAAGAAGCUGCUAUGGUACUGGUGCGAUAUUGCAUAUGAGGGCACGAAAGCCAGCAAGGAUGAGGAAGAGCUCAUCCGAGACACCUCCUUGUGUGAUGGUGCCCGAGUGAGUGAGGACAUCGAUGGGGUGCCAACCAUGUUGGAUGAGAAAGUGGCUAACCUGCAGAAUCGGAUCGCUGAGCUUAGCCAAAAGCACGACGAGCUUGCCGACAUGAAGUCUGCCUAUGAUUGUGAUGAAACGAUCGAUACAGUGAAGCUGAGCAAGCUGAUCAACACCGUGAACAAGAUGGCGAGCCGGCUGACGAUGGAAGAAAACAAGGUUAAGAAGAUUGGCUCUCAGACUGUCAGAGCAGCAGCACAAGGUUGUGACUUCGACCCCGGUCCCGCACGAUACAUGUUCGCUGAACAUGCUACGGGGAGGUACUUUGUCGACAAGAUCUCUGGACAGCAACAUCUCGAAGGUCAUCCAUGCAUCAUGUUUUCCGAUUUCUUGGCUACAUUGGCUGAUAUGGACAAAAUGGAAAUCUUGACAGCAGGUGCCGACCUUCGUUCUUUUUGGGACAAGAUGCAACCUCUUAAACCUCAUCAUCCAGUGUACAAGCUAUCUGCAGAAGACCGGGCUUUCACCAUACCUAUAUACUUGAUCGGGGAUGAGGGGCGAGGUUACAAGAAGUCUGCUGUGUUUGUGUUGGGCUCAGAACCUGUGCUGGGCAGUGGUUGCGAAGCAGAGGAUGAACGAACAGCCGCAGAGCCGCUACGAAUGAACUUCCGGGGAAACAGCAUUGUUACAAGGCAGCUCUAUUCUGUUAUGCCGAGAACCACAUACCUCAAGGACUCCACACCACUUCACAAGCUGGUGAGUGCUUGGGCCGAGGAUUUGGCCAAAUGCUUUACUACUGGCCUCGAGGUUACUCUAUGGGAUUUUGGUGUCACUGGUGCAGCGGCCACCGGCAUCGACAAGAAUCUGAGCCACCUGUACGAUGAAAUGAAGGUCUUCGAAAAGAAAAACAAGCUUUACUUGCACAUGAAUGCUUUGACAAAAGGGCUCCUGGCCAUCUCAAGUUCUGCCGAUUUCCCGUACGGGGCCUGGUUCAAAGGUGCUGACACAACCUUCGUGAUGAAGUUUCUCAUCUUCAAAUUCCAGAAUGUGCUGGAGGAGCAUGACUUUCAGGAUUCUGAGGUUCGAUUGUACUUCGAGCAGAUCCUUGCUUGCCUCAAGGCUUUUGAUAGCUUCUUGAGCAUGCUGUACAAGGCAGGCCUUUUCCUUGAGCUGCCACGACUGGCAAAAAUUUUUCGGUGUGGUAGAACCAUGGUGCAACUUUAUGCCAAAAUUGCAACCUUGGCAUAUGGGCGACAUUUACCCCGCUUUAAGCUCAAUCCGAAGUACCACAUGCUGCUGCACGUGCUUCUGGAUCUGAAGUUUGCCACAGAGUCCAACCGCCAGGCAUUGAAUCCGAUUUCGCAUUCGUGCCAGAUGGCUGAAGACUUCAUCAACCGCAUCGCGACUUUGGGUCGUUCGGUUAAAGCAAACAAAGUUCCCGAGCGAACUCUUUACUUGUACAAAGUGGAGCUUGCACGAUGCUGGUGA